CGGGCGGCACGGAAGGGCCGGGACUAGGCGCGGCGAUGUUACCCUACACCGUGAACUUCAAGGUGUCGGCGCGCACGCUCACGGGCGCCCUCAACGCCCACAACAAGGCGGCGGUGGACUGGGGCUGGCAAGGUUUAAUUGCUUACGGAUGCCACUCGCUUGUGGUAGUGAUUGAUUCCAGUACUGCCCAAACACUUCAAGUUUUAGAAAAACAUAAAGCUGAUGUUGUUAAGGUCAAGUGGGCCAGGGAAAAUUAUCACCAUGACGUUGGCUCCCCCUAUUGCCUGCGCCUGGCUUCUGCUGACGUCAGUGGGAAGAUGGUGGUGUGGGACGUAGCAGCAGGAGUUGCUCAGUGUGAGAUCCAGGAGCAUGCCAAGCCCAUCCAGGAUGUUCAGUGGUUGUGGAACCAAGAUGCUUCCCGAGAUUUACUGCUUGCUAUCCACCCACCGAACUACAUCGUGCUCUGGAAUGCAGAUACAGGCACCAAACUGUGGAAGAAGAGCUACGCAGAUAACAUUCUUUCCUUCUCUUUUGACCCUUUUGAUCCCUCACAUUUAACUCUACUCACCAGCGAGGGUAUUGUAUUCAUCUCAGACUUCUCUCCAUCCAAGCCUCCCUCAGGCCCUGGGAAAAAAGUGUACAUCUCCAGCCCACACUCCAGCCCUGCUCAUAACAAGCUUGUUGCAGCCACAGGAGCCAAGAAGGCUCUUAAUAAAGUCAAAAUUUUAAUCACUCAGGAGAAGCCUAGUGCUGAGUUCAUGACUCUCAAUGACUGCCUGCAGUUGGCCUAUCUGCCUUCGAAAAGGAGUCACAUGGUGUUGCUGUAUCCUCGAGAGAUCCUGAUCCUUGACCUUGAGGUGAAUCAAACCGUGGGGGUGAUCGCGAUAGAACGCACAGGAGUUCCGUUCCUGCAGGUAAUACCCUGCUUUCAGCGUGAUGGUUUAUUUUGCCUACAUGAAAAUGGUUGUAUAACCUUACGUGUUCGAAGAUCUUACAGUAGCAUUUUCACCACUUCAAAUGAUGAGGCAGAUCCAGAUCCUGUUCAGGAGCUUACGUAUGAUUUACGAAGCCAGUGCGAUGCAAUCAGGGUGACAAAAACAGUCCGUCCCUUCAGCAUGGUGUGCUGUCCUGUCAAUGAGAAUGCAGCUGCCCUCAUAGUGAGUGACGGCAGGGUCAUGAUAUGGGAACUCAAGUCUGCUGUGUGUAAUCGAAGUUCACGGAACAGUAGUUGUGGUGUGUCACCUUUAUAUUCACCAGUGUCUUUCUGUGGAAUUCCUGUGGGAGUGCUACAGAAUAAACUCCCAGACCUUUCCCUAGAUAAUAUGAUCGGGCAAAGCGCAAUUGCUGGGGAGGAGCAUCCCAAAGGUUCCACUCUGCAGGAAGUGCACCUCAAAUUUCUGCUAACAGGACUGCUUUCAGGACUGCCCUCCCCUCAGUUUGCCCUUCGUAUGUGCCCACCGCUGACCACAAAAAACAUCAAGAUGUAUCAGCCACUGCUUGCUGUUGGUACAAGUAAUGGUUCUGUCCUGGUAUACCACCUAAACAAUGGUCUGCUACACAAGGAGUUAAGUGUCCACUCAUGUGAAGUCAAGGGUAUUGAAUGGACAAGUUUGACCAGUUUUCUUUCUUUUGCUACCUCAACACCAAACAAUAUGGGUUUAGUGAGAAAUGAACUUCAGCUGGUUGAUCUUCCAACAGGUAGGAGCAUUGCUUUUCGUGGUGAACGUGGCAACGAUGAAUCACCCAUUGAAAUGAUUAAAGUAUCUCACUUGAAGCAAUAUUUGGCAAUUGUAUUUAAGGAUAAACCCCUGGAGUUAUGGGAUGUUAGGACUUGUACCCUUCUUAGAGAAAUGUCCAAAAAUUUUCCUGCAAUAACUGCAUUGGAAUGGUCACCAUCGCACAACUUGAAGAGCCUGAGAAAGAAACAGCUUGCUACCCGAGAGGCCAUGGCCCGCCAGACUGUUGUCUCGGAUGCAGAGCUGAGUAUCGUUGAGUCAUCUGUGAUCAGUUUGUUGCAGGAGGCAGAAAGCAAAUCUGAACUCAGUCAGAACAUCUCUGCUCGGGAGCAUUUUGUAUUUACUGAUAAUGAUGGCCAAGUUUAUCAUCUCACUGUUGAAGGAAACUCUGUGAAAGACAGUGCUCGGAUUCCACCAGAUGGAAGUAUGGGUAGUAUUACCUGUAUCGCUUGGAAAGGGGAUACAUUGGUCCUUGGAGAUAUGGAUGGAAAUUUAAAUUUUUGGGAUUUAAAAGGCAGAGUAUCCAGAGGAAUACCUACACAUCGAAGUUGGGUAAAGAAGAUUCGUUUUGCCCCUGGCAAAGGAAACCAGAAGUUAAUAGCAAUGUACAAUGAUGGUGCUGAAGUAUGGGACACUAAAGAGGUUCAGAUGGUGAGCAGUUUAAGAAGUGGAAGAAACGUGACCUUUCGGAUUUUAGAUGUGGACUGGUGCACGUCAGAUAAAGUGAUCUUGGCAUCUGAUGAUGGGUGCAUCAGAGUCCUGGAGAUGUCUAUGAAGUCCACAUGUUUCAGGAUGGAUGAGCAGGAAUUAAUUGAGCCUGUAUGGUGCCCAUAUCUCCUUGUUCCAAGAGCUUCCCUUGCCCUCAAAGCCUUCUUGUUACAUCAGCCUUGGAAUGGGAAGUAUUCUUUGGACAUUUCUCACAUUGAUUAUCCAGAAAAUGAAGAAAUAAAGAUUCUCCUUCAAGAGCAGUUGAAUUCAUUGUCUAAUGACAUAAAGAAACUCUUACUGGAUCCAGAAUUCACACUCUUGCAGAGGUGCCUGCUUGUUUCCAGGCUUUAUGGUGAUGAGUCGGAGCUACACUUCUGGACGGUAGCAGCUCACUACCUGCACAGCUUGUCCCAGGCCAAGUCUGGGAGCACCACAGCGACCAAGGAAGCCACCCCUCGGGACAAGUUGAGCAACCCACUGGACAUCUGUUACGAUGUCCUCUGUGAAAAUGCCUAUUUCCAGAAAUUUCAGCUAGAAAGGGUUGAUCUACAGGAAGUAAAGCGGUCAACUUACGCUCACACCAGGAAGUGUGCAGACCAGCUCCUGCUCUUGGGUCAAACAGACAGAGCUGUGCAGUUGCUGUUGGAAACAAGUGCAGAUAACCAGCAUUAUUAUUGUGACUCACUGAAAGCCUGUUUGGUCACCACUGUCACUUCUUCAGGCCCCUCUCAGAGCACCAUUAAGCUGGUGGCAACUAACAUGAUUGCCAAUGGCAAGUUGGCAGAGGGCGUUCAGUUGCUCUGCCUGAUAGACAAGGCUGCAGAUGCCUGCCGCUACCUGCAGACCUACGGCGAGUGGAAUCAAGCAGCCUGGCUUGCAAAGGUCCGUUUAAGUUCUGAAGAGUGUGCUGAUGUUCUAAAGCGGUGGGUUGACCACUUGUGUUCUCCACAAGUCAACCAGAAAUCAAAGGCUCUUCUGGUCCUUCUUUCUCUGGGCUGCUUUUCCAGUGUGGCAGAGACACUUCACAGCAUGAGGUACUUUGAUAGAGCGGCCUUAUUUGUGGAAGCUUGUCUCAAAUAUGGUGCAUUUGAAGUCAACGAGGACACAGAGAAACUCACUGCUGCCGUCUAUGCAGACUAUGCACGAAGCUUGAAGAGCCUUGGUUUUAAACAGGGAGCAGUUCUUUUUGCUUCAAAAGCUGGAGCAGCCGGCAAAGAAUUAUUGAAUGAGCUUGUGUCCCACAAGGAAGAACUAACUGAGGAGUGACAGGCUGUGUGCUGGGGGUCUGAUGUUGAAGGCACAGUAGGAGGGGUUGCUGACAUGGCCAUGGUCACAGUCGUCCACACCCAUGUGGAGGAUGGUCCUUGUGAGCACUUUGACUACUUCUAAUGCCGAGUGUGCUCAGAGUGUGGAGGGAGUGCUGAUGCCAGGAGCUCAGAAAAACACACAUCUAGAGUUUGCGUGCAACAUUUUAUACUUUGGGAGAAAAAGCUUUAAGAUCUCUGGAAAUACUUUUAAUUUUUUUAAACUUAAAAUUCAAGAGAUUGAAUUGCUUUUCUCAUUAACUAACUUUCAAGAUGUUUGAAAAACGUGUACUAAAAACUUUGUGAAGCCAGUUUUCAAAUAUGUGCUGUGCUUGUGUUUAUAUACAAUCAUUCCAGAUACAAACAUGGAAGAAAUAUUUAAAGAUAGCUUACCGAAGUGAUUUUUGUUUUCUUACCUUGAAAACACUGUUGAUUCCUUGGUUUAGGUAGUGGCUGAAUGUUGUGAUUUUGGUCUCAUAAACUCAUGGGAAAGUCUUUGCUUUGUGUUUGGUUUCAGUAUGUGUGGUCUUUGAUAGUUUGAAUUUUAAUUCUCCUGUGAUACAUUACAAUAACCUCAUUUUGGAGUCUCUUUGUACUUUAAUUUUCU